AUGCUUCGUGGAAGGUCGCUGCACCUCGCACAGGUGCUUCUCACGGUAGCUCCUGCAUUCAUUACCUACGGAUACAAUCAGGCUGGAGUAGCACCGCUUGCAAACCUACAGUCAUGGGUUACUAUUUUCCCGGAAAUUGACACACUCAACACCGAUGGUGCCAUCAAGAAGAGAAACUCGACAAGAAAAGGCGCAGUCAUUGCCUCAUAUCAACUGGGGGCCCUUCUGGGAGCGCUCUCAUGCGCCCACUUUGGUGACCGUUUCGGCCGGCGCAGGACAGUUUUCAUGGCGACUAUCAUUACACUCAUUGGAGAGGUGCUUCAGACAUGUUCUUACGGCAUCAUUCAGUUCACCCUGGGUCGAGUCAUUCUUGGCAUCGGGGUCGGGCAACUGAGCGCUACCGUACCGGUAUGGCAGGCCGAAUGCAGUUCUGCAAAGCAUCGUGGGCAGCAUGUGGUAGUCGAUGGGAUUUGUAUGGUCCUUGGCUUCGUCAUCACAAACUGGGUUGCCUACGGGUUCGGGAAAACGGCCGGUGAAACGCAGUGGCGUGUCCCCUUGGCCUUGGCUCUUGCCUUUCCCCUGAUCAUUCUCGCAUCCGUAUUUAUGCUCCCUGAAUCACCACGAUGGCUGGUUCUGGUGUCUAAAAAGGACAAAGCAGCGCACAGUCUGGCAGCAUACAGAGGUCUCCCGGUCAAUGACGAUGCGGUUCAAAGAGAAAUUGCGAGCAUAGAGUCAUCGCUGGAGCUCACAGCACAGUCAAAGAACAUCACAUUACGAGAAUUAUUUAUGGGCGAUGAUAAGGAACGUCUCCUGUACCGAUUCGCUCUCUGUCUUGUUAUCCAAUUUUUCCAGCAAAUGUGCGGGGGCAAUUUGAUCUCCACCUACAUUUCAACGAUAUUUGAGGAGAAUCUGAACCUCAGUGAGGAGUUGUCCCGGAUCUUAGGUGCCAGCGCACUUACAUGGAAAUUUGUAUGCAACUUUAUUCCAUUUUUUGCAAUCGACCGCUUUGGCAGACGGAAGGUGUUCAUGUUCAGUGGGGCCGGAAUGUGUCUUUGCAUGAUAGUCUUAACUAUCACGACCAAGUUUGCUGAUGCCAGUCGGGGACUCUCAAUUGUCUCUGUGGUGUUUAUUUGGCUCUUCAACAUGUUCUAUCCCAUUGGGUUCUCUGGUGCAAACUUUCUCUAUUGUACUGAAAUUGCUCCUAUGCGUUUGCGUGUGGCGAUGUCAUCUGCGUCAACCGCAAACAAGUGGCUGUGGAACUUUAUCGUCGUUAUGAUAACCCCUGUCGCGCUUGAUACAAUUGGGUGGAGAUACUACAUUGUAUAUGCUGUUAUUUCUGCCUGCAUUCCUGUCACAGUGUAUCUCUUCUACCCAGAGACAAUGGGCCGCAAUUUAGAAGCCUUGAACGAGGUGUUCCACGAUGCCCCGUCCGCAUGGCAUAUCGUGGCGAUGGCGAGAAGACUUCCACAGGGAGAUGUGACGGAGUUGAACGGGCAGAUGGAGGAGGACAAGGUAAUCGUGGAGCAGAAGGAGCACGCUUGA